GCAGAAAACAGGGUUUUGUAUAAGAAUGGAAGAAAAACGUGUGUUGGAAGAAAGUGAAGAAAAACGUGUGUUGGAAGAAAGUGAAGAAAAACGUGUGUUGGAAGAAGAAAGUGAAGAAAAACGUGUGUUGGAAGAAAGUGAAUAAAAACUGCAUGUGGGCUGUGACGGCAAAACCAUUUAUCAAAUCCCAUCUUCUCAAACACACCCUUCCACUUCUUCUCAUGGCAAACCAAACAUCACUCUCCUUCUCUUCCGGCUUACCCGUUCACGCGCCUCUGAAGCGCGUGGGCACUCACAAUGGAAGUUUUCACUGCGACGAGGCCCUUGGCUGCUUCAUGAUUCGCCUCACUCACAGAUUUAACAACGCCGAAAUCGUUCGCACCCGAGACCCUCAGGUUUUGGAGGGUCUUGAUGCUGUUCUUGAUGUUGGGGGAGUCUAUGACCCUGCCCGAGAUCGGUAUGAUCAUCAUCAGAAGGGUUUUGAAGAAGUUUUUGGGCAUGGUUUCUCCACUAAAUUGAGCAGUGCUGGUCUUGUUUAUAAGCAUUUUGGAAAGGAGAUUAUAGCAAAAGAACUGAAGGUAGAUGAGGUACACCAAGACGUCCAUCAUAUAUAUUUGGCGGUUUACAAGAGCUUCAUGGAGGCAAUUGAUGCUACAGACAAUGGAAUCAAUCAAUUUGAUACAGACCUGCCUCCGAAAUAUGUGAAUAAUACUCAUUUAUCCUCAAGAGUAGGAAGAUUAAAUUUGGACUGGACAGAUCUUCAUCAGUCAGCUGAGAAAGAAAAUGAGGCCUUUCAACGUGCCAUGGCUCUUGCUGGCAGUGAAUUUCUGGAUAGCGUUCGUCUUCAUGUAAAGUCAUGGUUACCAGCAAGGUCAAUUGUAAUGGAGACCAUAGCAGCUAGACAGACUGUUGAUCCUAGUGGAGAAAUUCUAGUUUUGACUAAAUCUUGUCCUUGGAAGCUUCACUUAUUUGAGCUUGAAGGGGAGUUGAAAAUUGACCCUCCAAUCAAAUAUGUUCUAUUUCAGGAUGAAAGAAGCAAACAAUGGAGAGUGCAGUCAGUUGCAGUGUCUCCUGACAGUUUUGAUAGCCGAAAGGCUCUACCCUCUCAGUGGCGAGGGUUAAGGGAUGAAGAACUGUCAAAGGAGGCUGGCAUUCCUGGCUGUGUUUUUGUGCAUAUGAGUGGAUUUAUUGGUGGAAACCAAAACUUUGAUGGUGCCUUGGCCAUGGCAAGGGCUGCUUUGAAGAUGUAGACAAAGGAUCAUGUGAACCAAAGGCUAUUGUCAUUAAUUUAUGAUGUUUAAUUUAUGGAUUACUGUUAUUGGUCUUAACGUUAUUAUCAUCUAUUAAGGAUUAUGAAUUUUCUUGUUUGUUCUCUUUAGACAGCAUAAGAAACAUCAGAAAUCGAUAAACCAAUUCUAAGAAUCCAUAUUACUUCUAUUCGUA